AUGGCUGAUGAUGAUGUGUCAGAUAUGUUGAAAGCUUGGGGCCUAGAAUCUUAUACAGACGUAUUUAAAGAACAUGGAAUAGAUAUAUCAUGCUUAGCGCUUUUAACUGGUGAUAUGUUGAGAGAAAUUAUGCCUAUGAUUGGAGACCGGGCAAAGUUUAAUGCUAACUUGGAAGAGUGGCGUAAAGUUAUUGCUCUUGCUAAUAAUCAAGCACCGUUUACGGAUUGUGAUUUGUUAAAUUACUUGAAAAGCACCACUGAAGGAAAGGCUUUAUUAGCAACUUAUGACGCUGAUGGUUUAUUAGACAAUAGUGGUCAAAGAAAAAUUUGUAAUUUAAUUGUCAGAAGAGAGUUUCAAGAAGAUCCUGAAAAAUCCGUCAAAACUCAAAGAUUACAUUUUUUAGCUCAAGAGAUAACAAAAGUUUUCCCUAAAGAACAUUUGAGUACAUAUUUCAUACCCUAUAUGAACUAUGGUCCGUCAAUAAAAAAAGCAGCAAAAGGAAAACUCCUCGAUUGCUUCAACAACAAAAGAAGGGAAUACAAAAAGGCUGGGCUCAUUUCUUCGACCAAUCGUUCCCCUUCUUUUGAAAAUUCUUCAGCCUCACUUUUAUUGAAUCAGACUACAUCAGAAACUGAAAAUGUUGAUGAACAAAUACAAUGGUUAAAUAGUUCAUGUGACCCUUGGAAUUUGGUGCAGAAAUAUUGGGAAAUCACUAGAACUAAACGCUUAAAAGAUAUACUCAGUUUAAAUUCUAAAGGUGCUAUUCAGCCUUCUGAUUACAUGAAAAGUUUUCCAGCUUUAAAAAAUCUGUCUGGCUAUAUUCUUACUUUAACUCCAUCCAACCUUUUUGAAAAUUUCCCUGUGUACAAAGACAAGAUUCUUCAAUUAGGACAAAAAAUAUCUAAUACACUCAAGGAUCCUAGUUUAAAGUGUAUUAUAAAAGACUAUCUAGAUUUGGCAGCAUUAGAACGUGGAGAAACUUCAUCUCUAGCAGCGUUUAUCAUACUUCCAUUCCUCUUCUUUCCUGUUACAACUAAGAGGAAAAAAGGAAUACCUGCUUGGGGACCUUCAAAAAUUGAAUCCAGAGACGGCUUCAUUACACAUAUAAAAUCAAAUUCAGAACUUAUUGAAACAAUUACAAGACGGAAACAAAAGUAUAGUCAAUUGGACCAUAACACAGAGUACAAAAGAAUUAAAUAUUUUACUGAACUUGGGACAUAUAUUCCUCCUCGUGAAUAUGUCGUGGGUGAAAGAUUAACUGAAACUAGAAAAAAAACUUUUUCCUUGGUUUCAGUCCAUUGCACAGCACAGUUUAUUCCGAUACGUGAUGUAUUAAAGAAUUUUUUCCAAAUUAAAAACUUGUUAUCAAAUACAUUAGAUUAUAUGAAUGAAUGUAAACUUAAUGAAAAAAUACUUUUAAAUUUUUUGCAAGGUAGUGUGUGGAAAGAUAAAGAUAAAUAUCAUGAAUAUCAAACUGUGGUUCCAAUUUUUUUAUUUUUUGAUGAUUAUGAAAUUGGCAACCCAUUGGGUAGCCAUUCUGGUAUCCAUAAGCUUAGAGCUGUGUACUUAUCUAUUCCUUGUUUACCUCCUCAUCAGAAAUCUUCUUUAAAUACAAUUUUUUUGGCAUUAUUAUUUCAUUCAUCAGAUAGGCAAAAAUUUGGAAACAACGUUAUAUUAUUUAAGCCACUUAUUGAUGAAUUAAAUUAUUUAAGAAAUACAGGCAUUGAAAUUGAAACAGAUGAUUUGAAAGUAAAUUUAAAAUUUGAAUUAGGUAUUAUAAUUGGAGAUAACCUUGGAAUUCAUAGUAUCACCGGAUUCGUUGAAAGUUUUUCUUCCAACCAUCCAUGUAGAGUAUGCAAUAUUAGAAAAGAAGAAUUGAGAAAACAGUGUUAUGCUGAUGAUAAUUUGUUAAGAACUGUAGAACAAUACAAUAUUGAUGUUAACGAGGGAGAUGUUUCAAACAGUGGUGUUAAAGAAAAAUGUGUUUGGCAUGAUGUUAUAGGAUUCAAUGUAUUAGAUCAGGUUGGAGUUGAUAUUAUGCACGAUAUACUAGAAGGUGUUGGAAAGCAACAAUUACUUCUCAACAAUCUGUUUAUCAAGGGAAAUUUAGGUAAUACUAUUGAACCAGGUUCUUCUAACAAUCUAAUUAGUGACACUGAUAUCCAAAAUAUAAAAAAAUUUAUGGUAAUAGAUUCUUUAGAUUCACUAAUUAGUUGUUCUUGGAUUUCUAUUAAAGUAGUUGUAUUUAAAUGUUUAAAAUUAAAUACUAUCGGUUUUGAUGAGCAUUUUUGUUCUUAUGAAGUAAUUAAACUUAGAAUUAAUGAAGUCCUUAUAUAUCAUCAUAUGCUCUAUACUCAUAUUCCUAAUAAUAUUAGUGUACUGUCAAAUGGCUCUACAUAUGUUACAUUGAGAAGUGCUAUUUAG